UACGGCUGCAGCAAAGCUUCUGAACUUUACGGGAGGACGCUGCUGGAUUUCCUGAUAAUGCAGGGACGGUAAACUAAACUGUCCGUGAGGAGGAGCAGGGUGGCUUGGCCAAGAGGUUUCUUCGUUCGAAGAUAUGCAGCGAUUAUUUCGAGCCAAGUUCUUACAAAAAGCACAUGGUGUGGUUGAUGUUUGCCGUUUAGAGACAGGAAUUGAAAGAAGACUUUCAAGGUUCAACUAUAUCCUGCUCGAGCCGCCGCUAUUUCCUAGAGUCCCAACAGAGACUGAGGCUCCAUCUUUCCAGCUAGCCUACUGCGCCUGCAUGUGAGAUGUUAGACUCUUAUGGUGACGACUUAUGUGCCAAAGAAGAAAAUGCACCGAGGCCUGAGAUGACUGAACCACCAUCACCAGAGCCCAACCAAACCAAUCAAAGCUUCAAGUCCUCUCCAUUCUCCUUUGCAGUUCCUCUGACAAUAUAUGCUACAACAUCAUCUGGAUUUCAACCCAGUGGGUCAAGAAAUGUAAGGUGUGCGGCUGAUUUUCAUGAAGAACAGCUUCAAAGAGGCAAAGAUGUUCAGCAGAUGCUGGUGACUGAAGAAGACCCUGAUGAAUGGAGCUCUAGUUUGCACCCAGUAACUCACAUUAAGGAGGAAAAGGAGGAACUCUUGACCAGUUCAGUUGGAGGAAAAACCAGCUCUCCUUUCACUCUUGUUACUGUGAAAAGUGAAGAUAAUGAAGAGGAACAUCUGUCUGUACAUUUUUAUCAAAACAAAACUGAACUUAGCAAAGAUGAAAAUCCUUCAACCCACAGAUCAACUAAACAAAUAAAUGUGAAAACCUCCAUUGGAGGUUCAGAUCAAGGGAAAAACCCUGAUCUAAUUAAUCAUAUAAAACUUUUGAAAGAUAGAAAGGGUGCAGACUUUGCCAAGACUGAAGUCAUUAUUGGUGAUAAUGCUAAUUAUGAAAACUGGCAGAUCCCUUUAUCUGAUUAUGGACCUGAAAGUCAAGAUAAUAACAGAGGUUUUAAGAAGACUGAGUUGCCUGAAUCAGGCGAAAAUGGUGACGUAGGAAGCAACGCGGCCAAACAAUCUUUUACCCUCCCUAAACGCACAACAAACCAUUCAGAAAAAAGGUCCUCUUCCUGUGUGGGUAAGAAGAAAUUCCCCACAACAAAGCCACAUAUGGAUUCACAGAUGGGAGUUCACACAGGAGAGAAACCAUUUGAUCAUUAUGUUUGUGAUAAUGCAUUUAAUGAAGAGAAACUUCCUAAUAAUGAUAAAAACCUCCACACAGAGGAGGCAUCAUUUGAUUGUGAUGUGUGUAGUAAAACAUUCAGUGUAAAGGGAAGUCUUAAUAGACACAUGAGAAUCCACAGUGGAGAGAAAUACUUUAGUUGUGGCAUUUGCUGUAAAAGAUUUAUUGAAAAGACUGACCUAAAGAAACAUGUCAAAGUGCAUACAGGAGAUAAACCAUAUAGUUGUGUUUUUUGUGGUAAAACAUUCAGACAAAAAGCUCACAUUAACAGGCACAUGAUUAUCCACAAAGGAGAUAAACCGUUUGUCUGUGACGUCUGUGGUAAAACAUUCAACGUAAAAGCUAAUCUUAAUGUACACAUGAGGAUUCACACCGGAGAGAAACAGUUUGGUUGUGAUGUUUGUGGUAAAACGUUCAGCAUCAAGGGAAAUCUUAAUGCACAUAUGAGAAUCCAUACCGGAGAGAAACACUUUGGUUGUGAUAUUUGUGGUAAAUCAUUCAUCCUAAAGGGAAAUCUUACGACACACAUGAGAAUCCACACAGGAGAGAAACAUUUUGGUUGUGAUGCUUGCAGAAAAACUUUCAUCUCAAAGGGAAAUCUUGAUGCACAUGUCAAAAUCCACACAGGAGAAAAGCAAUUUAGUUGUGACGUUUGCUCUAAAAGAUUCAUCCUAAAGACUGAUCUGAGAAAGCACAUGAGAGUGCACACAGGCGAGAAACCAUUUAGUUGUGGUUUAUGUGAGAAAACAUUCAGCCAAAAGAUUCAUCUAAAAACACACAUGGUUACCCAUGAAAAAGAAAAACCACUGGUUGUGAUGUUUGUGGUGAAACAUUCAACGUAAAAGCAAAUCAUAACGUUCACAUGAGAAUCCACACCGGAGAGAAACGCUUUGGUUGUGAUGUUUGUUGUAAAACGUUCAGCAUCAAGGGAAAUCUUAAUGCACAUAUGAGAAUCCAUACUGGAGAGAAACACUUUGGUUGUGAUAUUUGUGGUAAAUCAUUCAUCCUAAAGGGAAAUCUUACAACACACAUGAGAAUCCACACAGGAGAGAAACAUUUUGGUUGUGAUGCUUGCAGAAAAACUCAUCUCAAAGGGAAAUCUUGAUGCACACGUCAAAAUCCACACCGGAGAAAAGCAAUUUAGUUGUGAUGUUUGCUCUAAAAGAUUCAUCCUAAAGACUGAUCUGAGAAAGCACAUGAGAGUGCACACAGGAGAGAAACCCUUUAGUUGUGGUUAUGUGAGAAAACAACCAAAAGAUUAAUCUGAAAAUGCACAUGAUUACCCACAAAAAAGAAAAACCACUGGUUGUGAAGUUUGUGGUGAAACAUUCAACAUAAAAGCAAAUCUUAACCCCUAGAAGGUCCUUUCACUUUAUGGCAGUUAGUGUUUUUCGGGGAAAACUCAGUGACAUUACCGCUUAAAAAAUACUAUUUAUUACCCCCCCCCAACACCUACAAAAUAAACAAGGUAAUGUGUUAGAGGUAUUUUAACUGAAAUAAAAAUAUAAAAUUUAAUUAAAUUAUUUUAUUUGAACUUGUUAAGAGCCUUUAGUUAAAAGGAACUGCAUUUCAGAUAGUUUAAAAUUGAAAAUAAUGUAUAUGUUGUGGCACUUUUUGAAGAA